AUGGCCGACCCGAUGGCCGCGGUGCCAUACUCCAACAAAGCCGCCAUCUACCUUGGACCUGUCGUUUCUUUCGGCGUUGUCGCACUCUUCCUGGUUACCGCACGCAUCUACACACGGAUACAGAGGACUGGGAAACUGUUUCUCGAUGACUGGAUCAUCGUUGUCGCAGAACCACUUUCUUUGAUCGGCAUAUGUUUGGCUAUCGCAUCCACGGCAUACGGAUGGGGCAAACCAGCGGCAUCCUUCACACCCGAGACGCUCAAGCAGACAUUGAGGCUACAGUUCGCCCUCCAAACUGUAUGGCUUCUUACGCUCUGGCUUGUACGACUCUCUGUCGCGUGCUCACUGCUGCGCUUCGGGACUGAAAGGCUUUGGCGAUGGCCAUUGUACUUCAUCAUGGGCCUACAAACAACAAUCUCAUGGAGUUACUUCGUCAUCCAAUUUGCGCAAUGCACACCCGUCAGCUCGAACUGGGAUACCGGUAUCUCUUCCAAAUGCUGGGAUCUGGGCCCCAUCGUCAUCUACGGAUGGGUCAUUGCUGGCAUUUACAUCGCCAUGGAUCUCACACUCUCACUCAUGCCAAUCCGGCUGAUCCGCACCUUGAACCGCUCUCAAUCCGAGAAGAUACUCAUCGGCUUCCUCAUGGCCCUCGGUCUCCUCGCAACCGCGAUAAACUGCGCCAAGAUGACAACGUUCACCACUUUCGGCCAAGGCGACGUGAUGCAAGCUACCAUCGUACCUUCACUGUGGGCCAAACUCGAGGAAGAGAUCGGCAUAAUCGCUAGUUCGCUACCUUGGCUCAAGAGCCCUGCUGAGAACUGGUUGAAGAAGAUGGGCAUAUUGAAGGAGCACCAGCUCACCAAGCCGAGCUUCGUGGCCGACAUGAGCUUACCGACUGUGAAAGAUGAUGAAGAGGAUAUGAAUAGUAAUGAUGCGGAUAGUACGAAAGUGAAGGGAAAUGUUAGGGUGGAUUCGGUGGCCACCGCCUUGGGUACCAAAGGCUCAAACAAUAGCCUGCCAAAGGAUCCGAAUAGUAAUACCUGGCAGGCUGUCUAA